AUGCUCUUGAACAUAGCCCUGUGCCUUGCCGCACCCCUCGCAGCUUCGCCUUCAAAAACGAUAGCGCAAGAGAAUAUCGACGAGCAGCCGACCGGCGACACAUUCUUGGAGGCCGAAAAUGCACUUCUUCCUGAUUUGUGUGCUCAAGCGAGCUCAAUGGGCUUCUGUUUUGCGUUCUGCAAUUGCAUCUCGCCUCCCAUUCCUGCCGCUACCUUGACUGCUCUCAUUCCCAGCGUAACGCCGACAAUUCAGGCUCGGAGCCUAUUUCUAGAGGCUGUCAAGGCUGGUAUCAUCCCUGGAAUGGUUGGAGAUGGCAGCGACGCAGAUUUUGUCGACACCGCCAAAACGACAUUUUCCGCAUGGACGUCCGAUGGUGUAUACCUUACUGGGUUUGGUCUGCUCUGUCUUACGGUGAAAUACACGAACGGCUAA